CUGGCCGUUGUUCCCCUGGCGUCAGAAAAGUGAAAAUGGACAAACGUUUAAUAAUAAUUUAAAACAAUCCAGCAUUUUAACCUUUCCUUGCGAGUUUAUUACGCGAGUUUUAGCGCUUCUAUAAACAUCACGUAAUACUUCCGCAAUAUUAAACUGGCUUUAACAACUUCCGAGACUGCCACCGGCGCGAUCAGUCGCUUCGCUGUGGACAUCGUAUGAUGGCGGUGCUCGGCCGAUUUCGCGCGUAAAACAAUUUGUGAAGGAAGCGAAUCGUUCCUCAGAUAAAUAAUAAUUUCGAUCAAGUUCAACCCGUGUGCGCCUCCCAUGCCCGCCCAAGAAUGCGUCGCUGUUUCGCCCCGAGUCAGGUCGCCAAACGGAGGUGCAUCCAAGACUACGAUGACGCGGACGAAGAGCCCCGACUCCUGCAUGACUGCUGCCGCAGCAGCUCUCAGCUGAGCCAACACGAAGCAUUCAUCCGCUCGCUCCUCUCCAAACCCUACAAGGUUCCCAUCCCAAACUACGUGCCGAGCCUCCAGAGCCGAUCGCUGGGCCUCAAACGAACCUCAGGUCCGCGACCUUUGCACGAUCCGGACGAGGAGAAUGCGCUCGUUCUGUACGCGCCUCCCCCGCUCUCGAACCACGAACAGAUAUCGACCACGAGUCGCUUAGUGCACGUUGUUGUCGACCCGGUUCUCACGCAAGUGCUUCGACCUCAUCAGCGGGAGGGCGUCAAGUUCAUGUGGGACUGUGUCACCGGGAAACAGAUCGAAGGCAGCUACGGUUGCAUCAUGGCCGAUGAGAUGGGACUGGGCAAGACGCUUCAGUGCAUCACCCUCCUCUGGACCCUGCUCCGACAGAGUCCGGAGUUCGCGACGCCAACCAUCACCAAGGCAGUCAUCGUGACGCCGAGUAGCCUUGUUAAGAACUGGCAUAACGAAUUGUCGAAAUGGCUCGGGGAUAGGGUGAGAUCGGUGGCGAUCGAAAGCGGGAGUAAGACCGAGAUCGACGCCCACAUUCGAGGCUUCAUGGCGGCCUUCGGCCGCCGCGUCUGCACCCCGGUCUUGAUCCUGUCGUACGAGACAUUCCGACUUCACGCCAGCGCGCUGCAGAGCGGCGAAGUGGGCUGCGUCAUCUGCGACGAAGGGCACCGGCUCAAAAACUGCGAGAACCAGACGUACCACGCACUCAACGGACUCCGGACCAAGCGCCGCAUCCUGCUGUCCGGCACUCCGAUCCAGAACGACCUGCUGGAGUACUUCAGCCUGAUCCACUUCGUGAAUGCCGGCAUACUGGGCACGGCGCAGGAGUUCAAGCGCAAGUUCGAGCUGCCCAUCCUCAAGAGCCGGGACUCGUGCUCGAGCGACGCCGAGAGGGCCAGGGGACAGGAGCGGCUCGAGGAACUGAUCACCAUCGUGAACCGGUGCCUGAUCCGUCGCACCAACGCGCUGCUGUCCAGGUACCUUCCGGUGAAGACGGAACACAUCGUCUGCUGCGCCAUGACGUCGAUCCAGCGGGAAUGGUACGACAGGCUGGCGUCUAUGAGGGGCGGCACGCCGCUGGCGACCAUCACGCUCCUCAAGAAGCUGUGCAAUCAUCCGUCGCUGGUGCGGGAGUGCUUCCCGGACAGCGGCCCGACGUUCAAGGCGAGCACGGUGAUGCCCGAGCUUUCCGGCAAGCUGAAGGUCCUCGACUGCCUCCUGGCGAUAAUUCGGAGUACUACGGACGACAAGGUGGUGCUCAUCUCCAACUACACACAGACGCUGGACGUCUUCGAGCGGCUGUGCAGGGAGCGUGGUUACGGAUUCUUUCGGCUGGAUGGCAGCAUGACCAUCAAGAAGCGGGCCAAGAUUGUGGCGGCCUUCAAUGUGCCCUCAAGUCCGGAGUUUGCAUUCAUGCUCAGCAGCAAGGCUGGCGGAUGCGGCCUCAACCUGAUUGGCGCAAACAGGCUGGUGAUGUUUGACCCCGACUGGAACCCGGCCAACGACGCACAGGCCAUGGCACGCAUCUGGAGGGACGGCCAGAAGAAGCCCUGCUAUGUGUACCGCCUGGUGAGCUCUGGGAGCAUCGAGGAGAAGAUCCUGCAGCGCCAGACCCACAAGAAGGCCCUCAGCAGCUGCGUGGUGGACUCGGAGGAAGACGUGGCCCGGCACUUUAGCGCUGCCGACCUCAGGGACCUCUUCAGGCUCGACAAAGAGGUGCUGAGUUCGACGCACGAGUCGUUGUCCUGCCGGCGCUGCGUGAACGGCAUCCAGACCAAGCCACCGCCGGAAGAUGCCGACGUCGGCAGCGACCUUUCGCAGUGGCACCACGCGGCCUCCAAGAAGCAGCUGGACGACACCGUGCUACGGCAGUGCUGGGACAUGGGUGUCAACUUUGCCUUCAGUCAGAAGUCUCACCGCAUCAAAGUCAUAGUGCCCUGAGACGUCCGAGACGACAACGGCGGCCGGGUUGGUCGUCGUCAUGGUGCGCCCCUUGUUUUGAAGGAUGGUCAUCAGUUUGUUUCCUGGUGACACUUUUUGUAGGAAAAAAGCCAACAACAAGAACAUGACGUAUCGCAGUUGUGGUGUGGCACCUGGAGCGUGUCUCUCCGACUGCUCUGUUUAACGCGUCCUCGAAUGAGGUCCCUUGAUAUCCGACCGAGGCCGUCACGAAAGUGUCGUGCGGUUGCUUGUCACAAUUUUGCCGGUAGUGCAGGUGUAGAGGCAGGUGCAACAGACGCCUGUCUUGCUGCGACUCGCCGUCGGCUCAUCCCUCCACAAAAGCUUCUGCAGCGACGAGUCGGGACGUCGCAACGACAGCAACGCCGGUGUUUGCUCGUCUUUUUCGCCGGAACUCCUGCGACCAACCGCCAGGGCCGCGACAUCCGACAGAUUGACGCUCCGGCUACUGCAACGCCAUUCGUUACCGCUUCGGCACCGCUAAAUGCAUCACUCGGAGACGCGUUCCAGGAACUGUAGUCGUGGCAGCAAAUGCAAGACCGCUGCGUGAUAUUUAGGCAUCGACACUUUGUUGCGUGACGAGUCGGGCACGCCUUUGAACCAGAGAUACCCGAUGUAGUUUUUGUGGUCAUUUUGACAUCGUUGGUAUUCGUUUCUGGACGGACUGCGCAGAGCCGUCGCCGAGAGUGUGCGCACCAGGCGUCGGCUUCGUGAAUCUCUACUGCCUGGGAUUGCGUCGUGUUGCCAAAUUUUAUUAGGUGUCAGUGAGGCUCAGAUGUGUGUGUUGGCUUUGUGUCGAUACAGAUAUGUUGUCUCCUUGAACAAGAGCAACAUUUGCUUUUACUCUCAUGGAAUUGAUUGCUGGUUAAAUAGUCAUGACACAUCGCAGUCGGUAUUUUUCGUGGUGCUGCUACACGUGUAUGCUGCCACACGAGGCUUGAACGCCAACCAUGUGAUUUAGCUUUCGUGGAAGAAUUAAAUAGUAAUAAUAUA